AUGCCUCGUUUCAAGGAAGGAGACAAAGUUAGCUACAAACCGGUCGGCGGCGCGCAAUCCAAGACAAAUAAAAGCGUUGGAGUCAUUCGUGAAACCCUGGGCGGCCGUAGCUCGUCCGACAACGAGACGCGCUAUAUGAUCGAGAACAUGCACACCCACAAGAGCUCCUCUGUCAAGGAGGGCAACAUUGAGGGACCGGCGGAGUAA